AUGGCGAGCGCACGAGGCGAUUUAUCGGUUUUGGCAGAGCGCAUGGGGCUCGAGGGCGCAGAGCUGAAGGCGUGGCUAGACGAGCAGGAGGCGCGGGCACGAGAUGAACGAGCUGCGGAACGCGAGGCGAGAAAGGAGUUGUUAGAAUUGGAAGCAAUAAGGGAGAAGAAUUUGCAGUUGCAGCUUAAGGUUGCCGAAGCGCAAGGCAAUCGUGGAGAGGCGAGAAACGCUGACCGAGGAUCUGGAGGAAACGCAUUUUGCAACGUGAAUCCUCACAGCUUAAUUCCAGGAUUCAAUGAAAACCGGGACGACUUGGAUGCGUACCUAAAAAGGUUCGAGAACGUCGCCACCGGACAGGAAUGGCCGAAAGGAAAGUGGGCCACGGCUUUGAGCUUAUGUUUGAGUGGAGAGGCUUUAAAAGUCUUCGGACGGUUGUCUCCGGAAGACUCCCUCGACUACGAUAAGGCCAAGUUAGCCUUGCUUCAACGUUUUCGUUUUACGGCGGAGGGCUACAGGGAGAAGUUCCGCCAGAGCAAGCCCCAAGAUGGCGAGACCGGAAAACAGUACGCGACGAGGCUCUUGAGUUUCUUUGAUCGGUGGGUCGAAAUGUCUAAGACCGACAAAGAGUAUUUGGCACUCCGUAAUCUCAUAGUCGCGGAGCAAUUUUUGAGCAACUGCCAUCACAAGCUGGCGCUGUUUCUUCGUGAGAAGAAGCACAGCAAACUUGAUGACUUGGCAGAGGCCGCCGAUGACUUCUUAGAGGCACAAAGACAGCCUAACUUGCUCCUGUUCCGUGAAAAAACGGAGAACAGUAGUGCCACAGAGAAGAGCGGAAGCGUGUCCUUGAAAACUGCAGUAAAGUGUUUUGUAUGUGGUAAGGUCGGUCACAGGGCCUCAGAUUGCCGAACUAAGCUUAAACAACCUUACUGUGGCUAUUGCCACAAGCCAGGACACGAUACCAAGGCCUGCACAAAAAGAGAUGGUUCGAUGAAGAAAACAUCUUGCCUGCUGUCUCCGGGAGAAGACCCAACGGAAUGUACCAAUACUCCAUCCAACGAACAAGAAGGAAACGUUGCUAGCGCGGUGAGAACUCACCCAAAAGCUGUGACUCGCGAGAUGCCGGUGUUGCAGGGCCUAGUGUUUGGCCAGACAGUUUCAGUUCUGCGAGACACGGGAAGUAACACGCUAGUAGUCCGUCGAUCUCUGGUACCAGACGAAGCUUUUACAGGCACCACAGCUACGUUGUUCCUCGCGGAUGGCAGUAGCAUUACCGUUCCUGAGGCAAAGGUCGAAAUACGUUCGCCUUAUUUCUCUGGUAGUUCGGUGGUCAAAUGCAUGGUAAGACCUUUGUACGACGUUAUCGUUGGCAAUGUUCCAGGGGCACGGGAAGUACAAAACCCCGAUGAUAAGUGGAGAGAGAGAAUCGUGAAACAUGAGUCUAAACCGAGACCAAAGGGAACCAAGGAAGGAGAAGGACCACCAGAUUCUGUGGUGGUCGGCAUCAAAGGCCGCGAACUGUCGACCUUAUCCAAGGUCAGUAUGAACACCUUGGAUAUAACCAGAGAAGAGCUCGGCAAAGCUCAAAAAGAAGACAAGACUUUAGAUUCCUGUAGGAAGAAAGUCGGUCAAGUGUUCCAAGGAAGACUAGCAUCGCAUUCGUUCGAGAUAAAAAAGGGAAUUCUAUACCGUUACUACCGGGGACCCUCAGACAAAGUGACCCAACAAGUGGUGCUACCUCAAAGCUUGCGUGGUCAAGUGCUGGCUUUAGCUCACGAAACUUUGAUGUCGGGGCAUCAGGGCAUGAAAAGAACAAUCGAUCGGGUUCUAGGAGCUUUCUAUUGGCCUGGGGUCCAAGAGGCAGUGAAGAGAUAUGUGCGCUCAUGCGACACAUGUCAGCGGACCUAUCCUAAGAACAAGGUGGGAAAGGCACCCCUUGGUCGCAUGCCUUUAAUCGACACGCCCUUUGAAAGAGUGGCGGUGGACAUCAUUGGACCUCUAAAGCCCACAUCGCGUAUGGGGAACCGUUACAUACUGACUCUGGUAGACUUCGCCACCCGAUACCCAGACGCGGUUGCUCUGCCGUCAAUCGAUUCCGCUACCGUCGCAGAGGGACUAAUAGAGAUGUUUUCUCGCAUUGGAUUCCCGCACGAGAUAUUGUGCGAUCAGGCGUCAUGCUUUACUUCGGAACUAAUGAGAGAGGUAAAUAAUUUGUUAGCCAUCAAACACCUCAAAUCGACGCCUUACCAUCCCAUGUGUAAUGGGUUGGUAGAGAGAUUCAAUGGAACCUUGAAGCAAAUGCUGCGGAAGUUGUGUCAAGAAGAACCCAAGUCGUGGGAUCGAUUGCUGGCACCCCUGCUCUUUGCGUACCGCGAAGUACCGCAAGCCAGUAUGGGCUUUUCGCCGUUUGAAUUGUUGUACGGCAGGCAUGUUCGAGGGCCGCUCAGCAUACUCAAAGAGUUAUGGACUGGAGACCACAUACGUGAAGAAGUAAAGACAACGUAUGGAUACGUCUUAGACCUCAGGGAUCGUCUGGAGAAGACAUUAUUGUUGGCACAAGAGAACUUGACACGCGCUAAAGUGACCCAGAAGAACUAUUAUGACAGAGGAAGUAAAACCCGUCGGCUGAACAUUGGUGAUCGAGCACUCAUACUGCUUCCAAGUACAGAGAACAAGCUACUGAUGCAGUGGAAGGGACCCUUCCCGGUGACCGGAAAGAAGGGCAACUUUGAUUACUGGUUAGACAUGGGACAAAAUACUAAGCUCUUCCACAUCAACAUGUUGAAGCGUUAUGAAGAACGUCAGCCUGAAAACGCAUCACAGUCGGCAUCUUUUAUUGUGGUUGAGGAGGAAGAGACGGACACGCCGAUACCUACCUUCAAGGCUACUGAGGGCUCUGGUACAGAAGUGAUUAAGCUUGGUCAUGAAUUACGGGAAAGCCAACGCAACGAACUUCGUGAGAUCUUGGCGAGUCACCAAGACGUCUUUUCCGAGAUACCGGGAAAAACAAAUUUAUUGGAUUGCCGUCUUCAAUUGACCACCUCUGAGCCCAUCCACACUCAGCAGUACCCAUUGCCUUUUGCAAUGAAGGAAGUCACGUCCUUGGUGCUCGAGCUCGACUCCCGAUCCAAACUGCCCGUGGAGGGCAGAACCUCCUGUGUGGCUGUUCCCUGCCGGAAACGGGCCCGUGCGACACAAGUGGAGCCUAGGGGCAGCCACAGAUCUGGUGAGAGCAAGCAGCCUACCCCGUCUUCGGGCAAGCUCCGACGUGCUGGUCAGCGACGGUGA